AUGGCCGAAACUCGCAAGAGAAAACGGUUGUCAGAUAGCGGCAAGUUUGAAUCAGAGCCACAACCUCUUCAGGAUACUCCGAACGACGAACCUGCUGAAAAAGUAGCUCAAUCCACGUCGAAAAAAGCUGUCCGCAGAACGCUCUUCGUGCGAUCGUUACCCGCAUCGGCAACAACAGAGUCCUUAACUGAAUACUUUUCUCAAUCCUAUCCCAUAAAACAUGCGACGGCGGUUGCGGACCCACAAACAAAACAAUGCAAGGGGUACGGUUUCGUGACCUUUACGGACGUCGAAGAUGCCCAACGUGCUUUGGAAGAACUAAAUGGUUCUAUAUUCGACGGCCGGAAGAUUGUGAUUGAAGUCGCUGAGCCGCGCCGUCGAGAGAUCGAUGAGAAGGUUGGGAAAAGCGUCCCUUCUGCUGAGGCGACUAAAGUGAAGGAAGAAAGGGAACAGCGGAGAAAGGACGCGCAGCCUCCAAAACUUAUCGUUCGAAACUUACCGUGGAGUGUGAAAGAGCCCGAGCAACUAGCAGUGCUUUUUAGAAGCUACGGCAAAGUCAAGCAUGCUGACAUCCCAAGAAAAGGCACUCGACAUUCCGGUUUCGGUUUCAUUGUGAUGAGAGGGAAAAAGAAUGCGGAGAAGGCGAUUGAAGGGGUUAAUGGGAAAGAACUGGAUGGAAGGACAUUAGCCGUGGACUGGGCCGUGGACAAGGAGGUUUGGCAAAAUCUACACCAAUCUACAGACGAUUCCGAACAGAAAAUAGCGGAAGACGAAGCCGCAGACAACGAAGGCAUGGGAUCCGGAGUAGAGGACGGCUCGGAAGGAUCAGAUGAAGCCGACGAGAUAGUUUCUGAUGUUGAUGCUGCAAUGGAGCACGUUGAUAUUAGCGGCUCCGAAAGUGAAGAAGACGAAGAGGAGGAAGAUGAAGAAGACGAUGAAGGUGAAGAGGAUGAUCGAAAUGCGUCCACCAUUUUCAUUCGGAAUCUCCCAUUCGGCGCAACAGAUGAGACCCUUGGUGAACAUUUCGCCCAAUUUGGUGCAGUUCGUUAUGCGAGGGUAGUCGUUGAUCCCGAGACAGACCGCCCGAGAGGGACGGCGUUUGUUUGUUUUUGGAAAGAAGACGAUGCCAAAGCAUGCAUACGAGAAGCUCCAAAGCGGACGGACCAGGGACCGUCGCAAGAAUCAAAACACAAGUCUGCAAUAGCGAUCAAGAAGUCUGUCCUGGAAGACGAACAAACCGAUCCUUCAGGUAAAUAUACGAUGGACGGUCGUGUUUUGCAAGUAUCCCAGGCUGUGUCUAGAAAAGAGGCCGGUAGACUUGAGGCGGAAGGGUCGUCCCGUCGUGAUGCUCGGGAUAUGGACAAACGGAGACUUUAUCUGUUGUCUGAGGGGACGAUUGCAACAAACUCGCCUCUCUAUUCCAAGCUAUCUCCAUCUGAAGUAAAGAUGAGGGAAGCUAGCGCCAAGCAGCGCCAGAAGCUCAUCAAGAGUAACCCGAUGCUGCAUAUUAGUCUUACUCGACUAUCUGUUCGAAAUAUUCCAAGGCAUAUCGAUUCCAAAGCACUCAAACAAUUAGCAAGAGAAGCAGUUGUUGGUUUCGCCAAAGAUGUGAAGAGCGGCCUCCGCCAGCCACUAUCGAGAGAAGAACUUUCCAGAAGCGCAGACUUGAUGAAAGAACAAGAGACGUUGCGGAAAAUCAAAGGCAAAGGCAUAGUCAAACAGGCCAAAGUCAUCUUCGAAGGGAGAGAAGGAAGCAAAAUCUCAGAAACAGCCGGCGCGGGAAGAAGUAGAGGAUACGGAUUUGUGGAGUACAGCACCCACAGGUCUGCUUUGAUGGGGCUGAGAUGGCUCAAUGGCCACGCCGUCGGUGCAUCUGGGUCUUCGAAAGUUGAUCCAGAGGAGAAGAAGAAACGGCUUAUUGUGGAAUUCGCCAUUGAAAAUGCACAGGUCGUGAAACGCAGACAAGAGGCAGAAGUGAAAGCCCGCACCCAAAAGGAGAUUAAACCACAAGAUAAACGAACACCGUUUGCUACCACAAACGCUAGCGGAUCAAAGCAUGGAAUGAAGCGAAAGCGGACCGAUCGACCAAGUGAAAUGAAUGGGAAAAGAGUGAAGCCCUCAGCGCCAGUGCCAGCGCCCGCUGGCGCUAGCAAAUCCGAAGACCAAAAUCACGUUGCAAAAAGGAAUCGUAUCAUCGCGAAAAAGCGUAUGAUGAGGAAAACAAGAAAAGGGAAAUAG